AUGGCCGUGGACCUGCAACGCCUGCGCCACAUGUUACUCGCCACCGGCGGCGGCCACCACCAGCUCGCCAACCGGCCGGGCGCCUCGGCCGCCGCCAUGCCUGCGACUGCGAGCGGGCCUUGCUACGGCGCCGCGGCCCUCUUCACGCCGCCGUUGGCCGCGGAUCAGCACUCGGAGCUGUUGGCUCUGGCCGCGGUUGAUCUGGCCAGGAAGGGCGACGGCGCUCAGGAAAUGACCACCGGCAACAAGCGGAGGCGCGUCGACGAGCGGUCGUCCGUGCCCGGCGACGUUCUUGCGGCCCACGCGCAACAGCAGACCGUCGCCGUCGACCACAUCCUGCACAGACAUGCGAGAAAGAUGUGGGCUGCUCUGGCGGCGCAGAGGCGGAGCCACAUGAGGCUCAUCGUGUCGGCCGUGGAGGCCAGGGCGGCGAAGCGGCUCAAGGCCAAGGACGACGAGAUCGAGCGGGUCAGGGGCAUGAACUGGGCGCUGGAGGAGCGCAUCAGGAACCUCUAUAUGGAGGCUCAGAUGUGGCGCGACGCCGCGCAGUCCCACGAGGCCGCGGCCAACGUGCUCCGGGCCGACCUGCAGCGGGUGCUCAACGCGCAGGCGGCCCGUGGCGGCGGCGGCGGCGACGGUCAGGACGACGCCGAGUCGUGCUGCUGGGGGGAGAACCAGGUGCCCAUCUGCGCGGAGGAGGAGGUGGGCACGCCGGCUCCGACAGGAGUCGGAGGGUGCAAGGGGUGCGGCGACGGCGCGGCCGUGGUGCUGCUGCUGCCGUGCCGGCACCUCUGCGUGUGCGCGCCGUGCGCGGCCGCAGUGCAGGCGUGCCCGGCGUGCGGAUGCGCCAAGAACGGCAGCGUCUGCGUCAACUUUUCGUGA